UCCUCCUCCUCCUCUUCCGCCUCGCAAACGCAACCUUCGCCCAGGAGGAGAAGAGAAAAGGGGUUUCGAUUUCCUCGCGAUUUCUCCCCCCUCCCCCCUCUCGAUCGGGCUUCGCGGGGGCUCCGCUGGUCGGAUUUGUUCGUUCCCUGAAAGCAUGGAGAAGGAUCAGCCCGUCAUCAGCCUGCGCCCCGGCGGCGGCGGCGGCCCCCGCGCCGGCCGCCUCUUCGCCCCCGCCUUCGCCGCCGCCGCCGCCUCCGGCUCCGACUUCCUCCGCUCCCACGGCGCCGGCACAUCCAAGAUUGGUGAUUCAAAUUUUGAGGCGCGUGAGCGCAUUCAUUAUACAAGAGAUCAACUUCUUGAGCUGCGUGAGAUCAUUGACAUACCCGAGGCCAUCUUAAGAAUUAAGCAAGAGAUUGACACGGAGCUUCAUGGUGAAGAUCAGAUCUGGGGUCGCAAUGAGCCAAAUGUGCAAGUGCAGGCACAAACUCCAACUCCAGCACACAAUCGGUAUGGUGAGACAGAUAAUCGUGACUGGCGUGCACGGACAGUUCAACCUCCGGCAGCUACUGAAGAGAAGUCCUGGGACAACAUUCGUGAAGCUAAAGAAGCACUUGCCUCAAGUGGCCGGCAACAAGAACACGUUAACAGGCAGGAUCAAUCAAACCACCAGUUUGCUUCAAAAGCUCAAGUUGGUCCAACUCCUGCUCUUAUCAAGGCUGAAGUACCUUGGUCUGCCCGAAGAGGCAAUCUCUCAGAGAAAGAUAGAGUCCUGAAAACAGUGAAAGGUAUAUUAAACAAACUGACACCGGAAAAAUUCGAUCUACUCAAGGGACAACUAAUGGAGGCUGGACUUACUACUGCUGAUAUUUUAAAGGAUGUUAUUUCCCUCAUAUUUGAGAAGGCUGUUUUUGAACCCACCUUCUGUCCAAUGUAUGCUCAACUUUGUUCUGAUCUCAAUGAGAAGCUCCCAUCAUUCCCUCCGGAAGAACCAGGUGGCAAAGAGAUUACAUUCAAACGCGUGCUGUUGAACAAUUGUCAGGAAGCAUUUGAAGGUGCUGAGAGCCUAAGGGCUGAAAUUGCAAAAUUGACUGGCCCUGACCAAGAGAUGGAGAGAAGGGAUAAAGAAAGAAUGGUCAAACUAAGAACACUUGGAAACAUUCGUCUAAUUGGUGAGCUACUUAAGCAAAAGAUGGUACCUGAAAAAAUAGUUCAUCACAUUGUUCAGGAACUCUUAGGGUCUGGACCUGAUAGAAAGGCUUGCCCUGAAGAGGAAAGCGUUGAGGCUAUUUGUCAGUUCUUCAAUACCAUUGGCAAACAGCUUGACGAGAACCCAAAAUCUCGUCGAAUUAAUGAUACCUACUUCAUUCAGAUGAAGGAGCUAACAACAAACCCUCAGUUGGCACCACGUCUGAGGUUUAUGGUUCGUGAUGUGGUUGAUCUUCGUUCAAACAAUUGGGUCCCUCGACGCGAAGAGAUUAAGGCCAAGACAAUCAGUGAAAUUCACGAUGAGGCUAUAAAGACUCUUGGACUACGGCCAGGGGCAACUGGAAUCACGAGGAAUGGGCGUAAUGCACCAGGUGGUCCUCUUUCCCCUGGAGGAUUCUCAAUGAAUCGACCAGGAACAGGAGGGAUGAUGCCUGGGAUGCCUGGAACACCUGGGAUGCCUGGAUCAAGAAAGAUGCCUGGGUUAGAUAAUGAUAACUGGGAAGCUCCGCGUUCUAAAUCAAUGCCUAGAGGCGACCCUCUUCGGAACCAGGGUCCGCUGCUCAAUAAGCCAUCAUCUAUUAACAAGCCAUCAUCUAUUAACUCCAGGCUUCUUCCUCAUGGAAGUGGAGCACUAAUUGGCAAGAGCGCUCUUUUGGGCACUGGUGGUCCACCAUCUCGCCCUUCUAGCUUUAUGACCAGUCCAACUAAUACACCAGCUCAACCUACAGCAUCACCAAAACCCUUGAGUGCAGCUCCAGCUGUUGUGCCUGUCACAGAGAAAGCAGCUAGUUCUGCCAAUGAGGUACCGGCUGCAGUUCAGAAGAAGAUAGUAUCCCUUCUCGAAGAGUAUUUUGGCAUACGUAUUUUGGAUGAAGCACAACAUUGUAUUGAGGAGCUUCAGUGUCCUGAUCAUUACCCUGAGGUCGUGAAAGAAGCUAUCAAUCUUGCUCUGGAUAAGGGUCCCAACUUCACUGAUCCUCUUGUUAGGCUACUGGAGCAUCUGCACACCAAGAAAAUUUUCAAGACUGAAGACCUGAAAACUGGAUGCUUACUGUACGCGUCGCUGCUGGAAGAUAUUGGUAUUGACCUUCCUCUAGCUCCAUCACUGUUUGGUGAAGUUGUUGCACGUCUCUCUUUCUCGUGUGGUUUGAGCUUUGGAGUUGUUGAGGAGAUCCUAAAAGCUGUGGAGGAUACAUACUUCCGCAAAGGAAUUUUUGAUGCGAUCAUGAAAACCAUGGGAGCAAACUCUUCAGGUCAGGCUAUCUUGAGCUCGCACUCUGAUGUAGUUGAUGCCUGCAACAACCUUUUGAAAUAAUAGCUCUGGUCAGCUUUGGCACAUCAACCUUUCAGAUGCUGUGCCUAGGCAAAACAGCAUCGUGUAUUCUCUAUAGCUUUAGAUGUUUCACCCCAGAGGAACUCUCGUACUUGAGAUGUGAGCAACAGCCAGUUUUGUGCUGUAUAUUUUUGCGAGGUCAGAUGAGUGUUCAUUAUUGUUUCGACAAGAAGGAAAGAAAGAAGCCAUGGAUUUUGCUCUCAGGUUACAGCUUAAUUCGCUGGAGCCUGAGAUGAACAAGGCUUAAUGUGGUAUUUUUGUGUCCCUUUAUUAGUUUUCUGUGCGUACACAUUUUGUAACAAUGUACUAUGGUUUUGGAGUAUUCUGUUGGUUACAAUAUAUCGUGUCAUUGUAGCGGUCAAAUUUUGAUACCUAAUUCUGAGGUUUGCUUGAGCAUAUGUGCCCGUGUCCGAUGAAGUUAUUUAA